ACUGAUAUUACAUUGAUGAUCUUUGGCACAAUAGGAGCCAUAGCUAAUGGGUUAGGCUCCCCGCUUAUGACAAUAGUGUUUGGGGAUUUGAUCGAUUCUUUUGGCAAUAACAAAAACCUUGUCCACGAAGUUUCCAAGAUCUCCUUAAAAUUUGUCUACUUGGCCGUGGGGAUUGGUUUUGCAGCAUUCCUCGAGGUGACAUGUUGGAUGGUCACAGGGGUGAGACAGGCAGCAAGAAUAAGGGGUUUGUAUUUGAAAACCAUGUUGAGACAAGAUGUUGCUUUCUUUGAUAAGGAAAUAAACACAGGAGAGAUUGUUGGUAGAAUGUCUGGUGACACAAUUCUCAUAGAAGAUGCCAUGGGUGAGAAGGUUGGGAAUUUUCUCCAGCUUAUAUCAACCUUCUUCGGGGGCUUUAUAAUAGCAUUUGUCAGAGGAUGGCUUCUUACUCUUGCCAUGUGUAGUGCUAUUCCUUUUAUUGGGAUAGCUGGCACUAUUAUGUCUCUGGUCAUAUCCAAGAUGUCAUCCCGUGGACAAGGUGCUUAUGCGAAGGCAGCAAAUGUAGUUGAACAAACAAUUGGUGAAAUGAAAACCGUUGCAUCAUUUGCAGGGGAGAAGCAAGCUAUAACAAAUUACUGCAAAUUUCUUGAAUAUGCUUACAAAUCAGCUGUUUAUGAAGGCUUAGCUGCUGGAGUAGGUAUCGGUGUGGUUUUGUUAGUUGCGUUUGGUUCUUAUGGUAUGGCUGUCUAUAUUGGGGCAAAAUUCAUUCUGACAAAAGGAUAUACUGGGGGUAAAGUGAUGAACAUUCUUCUCGCAGUGUUAACAUCCUCCAAAUCUCUAGGCCAGGCAUCUCCCUGCAUGAGUGCAUUUGCUGCUGGCCAAGCAGCAGCCUUUAAGAUGUUUGAGACCAUCAAGAGGAAGCCAGAGAUGGAUCUUUCCACAAAUGGGAAAAAGUUAGAUGACAUUCGCGGAGAUAUAGAAUUGAGGGAUGUUUAUUUUAGCUAUCCAGCCAGACGAGAUGAGCAAAUAUUCAAUGGAUUUUCGCUUUAUAUCCCUGGUGGCACAACUGCAGCUUUAGUUGGACAGAGCGGAAGUGGGAAGUCAACAGUGAUCAGUCUCAUAGAGAGAUUCUAUGACCCACAAGUUGGCGAAGUUCUUAUAGAUGGCAUUAACCUCAAAGAGUUUCAGCUUAAAUGGAUUAGGUGGAAAAUCGGCCUUGUCAGCCAAGAACCUCUGUUGUUUGGCUCCAGCAUUAAGGAUAAUAUUGCAUAUGGAAAUGAUGGUGCAGCUAUUGAAGAGAUAAGAGCAGCUGCUGAACUUGCAAAUGCUGCUAAGUUCAUUGAUAAAUUGCCACAGGGACUAGAUACCAUGGUUGGUGAACGUGGAACACAGCUGUCUGGUGGACAGAAGCAGAGGAUUGCCAUAGCUAGAGCAAUUCUGAAAGACCCACGAAUAUUACUUCUGGAUGAAGCUACAAGUGCACUUGACACAGAAUCUGAGAGGGUAGUGCAAGAGGCAUUGGACAGGAUUAUGGUCAACCGAACAACUGUUAUUGUUGCCCAUCGUUUAUGCACGGUGAGGAAUGCUGAUAUGAUUGCAGUCAUUCACAAAGGAAAAUUGGUUGAAAAAGGUUCGCACUCAGAACUACUCAAGGAUCCUGAUGGAGCAUAUUCUCAGCUUAUACGCUUGCAAGAAGCAAAUAAGGUGUCAAAACAAGAUGUAAAUGACCAAAACAAAUCUGAAAUUAAUGUGGAAUCUUUUAGACAGUCAAGUAAAAGAAAGGCAAUCCUAAAAUCCAUAAGUAGCAAAAACAAAUCUGAAAUUACUGUGGAAUCUUUUAGACAGUCAAGUAAAAGAAAGACAAUCCUAAAAUCCAUAAGUAGGGGAUCAUCUGAAUUGGGAAAUAGCAGCAGCCGCUCACUCUCUCUUGCAUUUGGCUUACCCACAGGACUUAACCUCACUGAUGCUGCAACAGAAGAACCAGAUAGCCCUUCAGUUGCACAGCAACAAGCUCCGGAAGUCUCACUACGUCGCCUUGCCUACCUCAACAAGCCAGAGAUUCCAGUGGUUCUAAUUGGAACAGUAGCAUCAAGCAUAAGUGGUGUGGUAUUUCCAAUUUAUAGCAUACUAGCCUCUAGUGUAAUCAAAACGUUCUAUGAAAAACCUCAUGAACUAAGAAAGGAUUCAAAAUUUUGGGCUCUAAUGUUUCUAGUCCUUGGGCUGGUAUCACUUCUGACAAAUCCAAUGCAAUCAUACUUUUUUGCUCUGGCUGGGAGUAAGUUAAUUGAACGCAUCAGAUCAAUGUGUUUUGAAAAGGUGGUUCACAUGGAGGUUGGUUGGUUCGAUGAGCCUGAGAACUCAAGUGGCAUUAUUGGUGCAAAGCUCUCAUCAGAUGCAGCUAAGGUGCGUGCCCUAGUUGGCGAUGCACUAGCUAAAAUGGUUCAAGAUAUUGUGACCGUGAUUACAGCUUUGGUCAUCGCUUUUUUUGCUAGUUGGGAGUUGGCUUUUAUUAUCCUUUCACUGGUUCCUCUCCUUGGGGUCAAUGAUUAUGUUCAACAAAGGUUCAUGAAAGGAUUUAGUGCAAAUUCAGUGAAAAUGUAUGAGGAAGCAAGCCAAAUAGCUAAUGAUGCUGUUGGGGGAAUAAGAAUUGUUGCUUCUUUCAGUGCUGAAGAGAAGGUGAUGCAAUUAUAUGAAGAGAAAUGUCAAGGCCCUAUGAAGGCAGGCAUAAAGCAAGCCUUGAUUAGUGGAUUUGGAUUUGGGAUAUCUUUCUUCUUACUGUAUAAUGUCAAUGCCAUUAGUUUCUAUGCUGGAGGUUGUCUCGUUCAGGAUGGCAAAACAACAUUCACAUCUGUUUUCAAAGUUUUCUUUGCUUUGACCACAGCAGCUUCAGCUCUUAGUAAAUCAAGUUCCUUUUUUAAAGAUUUUCAUAGAGCCAAGACUGCUGCUGCUUCCAUAUUUGCAAUAAUAGGCCGCAAAUCAAAGAUAGACCCAAGUGAUGAGUCUGGGAUGACAUUGGAUAAUAUCAAGGGAGAGAUUAAGCUUUUUCAUGUAAGCUUUAAGUACCCAUCUAGGCCAGAUAUUCAAAUUUUCAAGGACCUCCACUUGACUAUUCGUGCAGGCAAGACAAUCGCCUUGAUAGGAGAAAGUGGGAGUGGAAAAUCCACAGUGAUAUCAUUAUUGGAAAGAUUUUAUGAUCCUGAUUCAGGUCAUAUUAUACUUGAUGGAAUUGAUAUUCAAAAGUUACAAUUAAGGUGGCUAAGGCAGCAAAUGGGCCUUGUGAGCCAAGAACCAGCUUUAUUCAAUGAAACUAUCCGUGCCAACAUUGCAUAUGGAAAGGGAGAAAAUGUAACUGAGGCAGAGAUUUUAGCAGCAUCAGAAUUGGCCAAUGCCCACAGGUUCAUUAGUGGCUUACAACAGGGUUAUGAUACUACAGUUGGAGAACGAGGAGUCCAAUUGUCAGGUGGGCAAAAGCAACGUAUAGCCAUUGCACGGGCUAUAAUUAAAAGCCCAAAGAUAUUACUACUAGAUGAAGCCACCAGUGCACUAGAUGCUGAGUCUGAGAGAGUGGUUCAAGAUGCCUUAGACCGAGUCAUGGUGAACCGAACUACAGUUAUGGUAGCCCAUCGACUAUCUACAAUCAAGAAUGCAGAUUUAAUUGUAGUGGUUAGAAAUGGAAUCAUUGUAGAGAAAGGAAAACAUGAGGCUUUGAUUAAAAUCAAGGAUGGCUUCUAUUCCUCCUUGGUUGCACUUCACAUGAGUGCUUCAACUGCUUAGGCUUCAGUAAUCCAUUCGAUCAAGAAAGAACUUACCAUGUACUAAAGAACAUCAGUGUUCUAAAUAAGGAUGCAGCUUGAUUGGC